GCGGGACGAAAAGCCACGCGAGCAACGCUACUCUGUAGACUCCUCUCUGGUGGUUUUACCCGCAACAACUGUCAGCGAUCCCACACGGACGAGUGAGGUGAUCCAUGACAAGCACGCCCCGUGGAUGCCCAGCGGCCCAAUCACUAUCGCAUUCCGGCCGCUCGUCUGGCCCUCAUUGACACCUCAUUGGCGCCCCCAAAGGCGGCCGACCCCAUCGUGCCCAUUCUCUGGCUCCAGGACCAGGCGUGAUUGUGACUUUUUCCAGCCUACCAUUCCAUUCCCUGGAACCCCAAACUUGCGACGACAUCCUUUUCUCAAACAGCUUCAAAGUUCCUUUCGAACCCAGGCUCUGUCGAGCUCGCUUUCUGCCAACCCUCCCACGCUCCCUCCCUUCCCGAUCGCGAGGCGCGCAAUCUCGACCUCAACCACACUUUGGCUUACUUUGGCCCAAGCAACCACUCGAGCCUCGAUAGCCAACGGUUUCGCUCUUGUGUUACGCUCUGUGGGCAUCCGCUUAGCUGUCCUAUUUGCUCUAAUCUUUUCUCGCUUCCUCGAGACACGACAUCCUAGGGCCCUCCCCCGUCCCUCGAGCCCGCUACCCGUCGCCGUCGCUGUCGCUUUUAUCGUCGCCGUCGCCAUCGUCCUGUGGUGCACGACAACCCGCCUCCUGAUAUUGUUCACCACCAUAUCCGCCUCGCCCGAUCACUAUCGCAAUCACGACCCCGUCCACAUAUUUUACCUCGCCGAUCCCACAAGACUUUUGCCGUUGCUGUACAUUUCAAAGAAAAACAGCCUCGGUAACGAAUUGCACACGCCUUUGCCCAAUCCACGAUUCGGAAUCUUGUCCGCCAGCGACCGGUUGAAGGAACAUCGAGCCUGAUCCGAUCUUUCUCGUUAUACCCGUCUGCCACAACUUGCGCAAACCUGGGACCUGCAUACAGCUCCUACUCUACCGCUUGCGCCCUCGUUCAAGGCCUCUCAGCAAUCACGUUGAUCGAAUGAUGGACAUAGAACGAGACAAGUGCUCCUAAAAGACCAAUUCUUCAACAAGCCAAAGCUGUCGUUUCCACCAAUUACAAGUUCGACAUCUGGACUAUCGUGCUUUCCUGUUGCGACCCAGAGUUCUUGCAUGGCCUCGACCUCUUUGGACUUUUGACUUCGACCUCAAUUCACCUUCCGAUUGUCCAC